AUGGCUACCUCCACUCCAGAAGCAGCAUCCAACGAAAAUAUAACUUGCGAGUCGCCGCACAAUCCACACAGCAAUGCACUGAGUGGUGCUCGAGGUCGACGGGUGACCCCUGACAGAAUGUCCGAUCACAACAGCUUACGCGAAGAACUUGAAUAUCCAACAGGCAUGGAUUUCUGGCUCCUCAUGCUCACACUGACCGCGAUUCUCAUCCUGCUUAGCAUCGACAUGAACAUUAUCGCCACAGCCGUGCCGAGCAUUACGGAUUAUUUCCAUACUGUCGCAGAUGUCGGCUGGUAUUCCUCUAUCUUCCGACUCUGCCAAUGCUCUUCUCAGUUUCUGUUCGGCAAGGCCUACAAGCUCUUCUCGGUCAAAAGGGUCUUCUUACUUACCAAUGCGAUCUGCAUAGUAGGCUCACUACUAUGUGGGGCAGCUACAACGUCAAUGAUGCUGAUCAUUGGAAGGGCUGUAGCGGGCGUGGGCACGGCGGGUCUCCUUUCAGGAUGCUUCACCAUUCUGGUUCAAUCGACGCCUCUUCGUAGACGUCCUAUGUUCACCGGCAUGCUUGCUGCAGUUGAGGGCAUCGCUACGCUAUCUGCACCGCUGCUUGGUGGCGCCAUUGUGCAAUCAAUUGGCUGGCGAUGGUGCUUUUACCUCAACGCACCAUUGGGCGUAGCGACCCUCUUAUUGACAUUUUACUGUUUUUCAGACCCGCUCAAACCCAGUGAGAUUGGACGCAUGACACUCAAGCAGAAGAUCUUGCAGCUUGAUCUUGUGAGCAACUUGCUCUUUAUCCCGGCACUGACUGGCCUCUUCCUUGCUUUUUCAUGGGCCGGUACCAAGUAUUCUUGGAGCAGUGGGCAAGUGCUAGGCCCAGUUGCUGCCUUUGCCAUCCUUGUGGCUGCGUUCAUAUAUAAUCAAAAACGUCGAGGAGAUGCCGCGGCUCUCCCCUUUCCCACAGGCAACGUGCUGGAGUAUUACCUCCCUACCUACUUUCAAGUUAUUCGUGGAUAUAGCCCGGCAAAAAGCGGCUACAUGAUGCUCCCUAUGAUCAUCGGGGGCACUAUUGGCGCACUCAUCCACGGCUUUGGGACAAGCGCUAUUGGCUACUACGCACCCUUUAUGCUAUUUGCAUCAAUAAUCAUGCCCAUUGCCGCGGGCUUGGUCACAACUUUUAAAAUAGAUACCAGCUUCGCAGACUUGAUUAUCUACACCGGGCUUUCCGGUCUUGCGUACGGAAUCGGCUUCUCAGGACCACAGAACGCUGUACAGACUGUGUUAACGGUCGAGGAUGUACCACUUGGCACAUCUGUCAUGCUUUUUGCGCAAUCUUUCGGCCCAGCCGUUGCGAUCGCAAUUGCACAAGUCAUAUUUGUGAACCAGUUAUCGACAAACCUCAAUGGCCUCGUUCCAGGCCUAAAUGCAGCAAUUAUCGAGAACAACGGUCUGUCGCAGAUCGUGACGAGCGUGCCGACCGACAAGAGUAGAGACAUUCUUGUCGCCAUUGACAAAAGCUUGUGCCAGACGUGGUAUAUGGUCAUUGGACUAGCGUGUACAACUAUGAUUGGGAGCUUGAUGGUAGAAUGGCGAUCGGUUAAGUCGAGGCGCAAUUAG